AUGCAUGUACCUCGAUAUGUGGACGACCAUUAUCCCUUGAUCGUCACCAUCCACCUGGACAACAUUCCUGCUUCGGUGCCAAAGGAUCAUCCAGCCUUCUGGUGUGCACGUCAAAUGGCCCAGAUCCACAACACCAUCAUCCGUGCUCUGAAUGCAGCGUGGAACCAGGCAGUCUUGGUUCAACCUGAUACCCAAGAAGCCGCUGAUUUCCUUCUCUUCAACCAAAUGCUCUUCAACACCUUGAAUCACCAUCAUCAUGUCGAGGACGACUAUAUGUUCCCAGCAAUUGAAAAAUUGUUGGGCCAACCCGGCGCAAUGGAAGAUAACACCAAGGGCCAUAAUUCAUUUGCCGAGGGACUCACAAUCUUCCAGAAAUAUGUUUUCAUCACAAAGCCAGCCGAGUACAACGGAUCCACCCUUCGUCACAUCAUUGAGUCAUUUGCGCCCAAUCUCAUCCAGCAUCUGCAUGAUGAGAUUCCCACCCUUGCAAGCCUUCACACUGUGGAUGGCAAGGAGCUGACGAAGAUCUGGAAGCACGCGGAGCAUAUGGCAACCAAGGACAACAGCUUGUACACCGACGCCCCCUGGACACUGGGGUGCCAGGACAAGUCCUUCACUAUUGACGGAGAGAAGUGUGGCUUCCCCGACGUACCUUGGGUCAUCGAGGCCGUGAUCAGGAAUUGGCAUGCCAAGAAGCAUGCAGGAGCUUGGAAAUUCUGCCCCAGUGAUCUGUCUGGCAAACGGCGUCUGCUGCCCACGUCCUAA